AUGGGCUUCCUCUGGAGCCAACUUUUUGUCACCCUGCCCUAUCCCAAGGGCAGCUACGCCGGCAAGACCAUCAUCGUCACCGGCAGCAAUGUAGGCCUUGGCAAAGAAGCCGCCCGCCACUACGCCCGUCUCGGCGCGAGCAAAAUCAUUCUCGCCGUUCGCAGCGUCGAAAAGGGGCGCGCCGCAAAGCAGGACAUCGAAACUACCACCAAGUCCGACACUAGUAUCGAGGUUUGGCCACUUGAUAUGGCCAGCUACGUGAGUGUUAAGUCAUUUGCCGCGCGUGUAGCGUCCGACCUCGACCGUGUCGAUAUCGUCAACGCCAACGCCGGCGUGGCCCGCCAGAGCUACAACCGUGCCGAGCAGGACGAAGAAGACAUCACCGUCAACGUCGUAUCCACCUUCCUGCUCCUAGCCCUUAUACUGCCAAAGCUCAAGGCGACUGCUACCCAGUACGGGAUCCGUCCUACCUUCGCCAUUACCUCGUCUGAGGUACAUGGACAUACCAAGUUCCCGCAGCAGUACGCAGCCGACGGCCAGAUCUUCGCCACCGUUAGCGACCAAACCGCCGCGGAAAAGAACUGGGACGACCAAUACCCGAUCUCGAAGUUGCUCGAAGUGUACGCUGUACGCGCCCUCGCCGAGCGUGCUCCCGCCGAUAGCUUCCCUGUCACCGUCAAUUGCCUCAACCCAGGCCUAUGCGAGUCCGAGCUGGGCCGCGAGAUCCCCGGCUUUGCCUUCAAGGUGCUCAAGUUUCUGCUAGCGCGUACGACCGAAGCCGGCAGCCGGACAUUGGUCGACGCCGGUGGUGUUCAGGGCGCCGAGUCUCAUGGAACAUAUUUGUCUGAUUGCCACGUCGCGGAGCCCGCUGGUGUGGUGACUAGUGAGGCCGGCAAGACGGCGCAGGAUAGGGUUUGGGCUGAGUUGGUGAGGAAACUAGAGGGGAUCGAGCCGGGAUGCACGAAGAAUUUUACUUAG